AUGACUCAACCACAGAAACAAGUGAAUCAACUGAGACAGCGACCACUGAAGCAAACACCGCCCCAUCUCGAAGUUCCCAUUCGUAAACAGGCUCUACUGGAGAAUCUUCAGCUGCUCAGCCUAGCGCAUCCGGACACGCAACAGAGGGAAGCACGCAGAGCAAAACAGAGUCAAGUGCCGAAAGUCCCCGGGCACGAGAAACAGCGCAAAGUACACCAGGAGAAACGGAAAAACAUGAGAGCAAAGCGCUUUGGGAAGUGCGGCGACAACACCGCCAAGUCCUAA